CUAUCUGUACACUGUCGUACACAGAUGUGGGUGGAGCGGAGGAGGCGACAGAACAGCAAUGUCAAGAAGUUUUCUGAGUCGGCACUGUCGUGUAUGCGGCUCAUUUUAGCUGAAAAAUCAAGCAAAACAAACAAACAAACAAACAACCAACAGAUAAACAGAAGUGUCGACGGAGACGUGGAAGUCGGACUCGGACACAGCCAUGGACGGUGUGUAUGGAUGGGGCCUGCCCCCACUCAACCAAGUCCAAGCAGCGAGCCCCUUCAUAGAGAUCAUCGAGCAGCCGAAGCAGAGGGGGAUGAGGUUCAGGUACAAGUGUGAGGGGCGUUCAGCCGGCAGCAUCCCCGGAGAGAAGAGCAACGACACCACUAAGACCCACCCAGCUAUCAAGUUGAACAACUACAGCGGCCCCCUGCGCGUUCGCAUCUCGUUGGUGUCGAAGAACGCACCGCACAAGCCUCACCCCCACGAACUGGUCGGGAAAGACUGCAAACACGGCUACUACGAGGCCGACCUGCAGGAGAGGCGAAUACACAGUUUUCAGAACCUGGGCAUUCAGUGUGUCAAGAAGAAGGAUGUGAAUGAGGCCAUCACUUGUAGGCUGCAGACCAAUAAUAACCCCUUCAACAUUCCCGAGGCGAAGGUGUGGGAGGAGGAGUUUGACCUGAACUCGGUUCGGCUUUGCUUCCAGGCCUUCAUCACUCUGGCUUCAGGGGAGCUGAUUCCUCUGGAGCCGGUGGUAUCGCAGCCCAUCUUUGACAACAGGGCCCCAAACACAGCUGAGCUGAAGAUCUGCCGAGUCAACCGCAACUCUGGCAGCUGCAAAGGAGGGGAUGAAAUCUUUCUGCUGUGCGACAAAGUGCAAAAAGAGGACAUCGAGGUGCGCUUCUUCCAGGACUCCUGGGAGGGGAAGGGCACUUUCUCCCAGGCUGACGUCCACAGGCAGGUGGCCAUUGUGUUCCGCACACCGCCGUACCGCGACACUAACCUCAGCGAGCCCAUUAGAGUCAAGAUGCAGCUCCGCCGGCCCUCUGACCGCGAGGUCAGCGAGCCGAUGGACUUCCAGUACCUGCCGGCCGACCCAGAUGAAUACAGGCUGAGUGAGAAGAGGAAGCGUACAGGGGACAUGUUCCAGAACCUGAAGCUGGGGCCCAUGCUAGCUAGUGUGUCUAUGCCACAAGAUAGACGGCACAUAAGCCCGGCAAGGCGGACUGUCGCAGCCAAGCCUCCAUCAAUGAAUGCACAAGUUGCAGCUGCGGUGCCCCCUGGUGCCAGUGGAGCAAAGCCCCAGCCUUCCUACUCAUUUCAACCGGGCCAGGUCUUCUCGGUCCAGCCCAAGGUCGAGGUCUCCAUCUCGGCUGCAACUACAAACCAGACGUGGAGGAUCAUGGAGAGCCUGAACCUGGGCCCCCAGCCCAAAGUCACUCCAGUGCCAACCUUUACAAUGAGCCAGGCAACAGCCCCCUGCUCCUCUACCAUCACGUCCACUGCCAACCAGGACUUCUCAACCGUCAACCUGUCAGACCUUCAUCAGUUCUUCCCCAACCUUUCCUCGGCCAUGGCCCAGGAGACGGCAGCUUCUCAGGGGAGCUCUGCCUCCUCACAGACCGGCAUCUCCUUCACCCUCCCGGGCUCUCAGUUCCGUGUGGACGCACCGCUUGCGGACGACGAUAUCCCAGAGUUCCCUAGCUUUUCCGAAGCCCAGGGGCAAGGUGUCCUGGACAACCUGAACAUGGAUGACUUUGAGGAUCUUCUGAACCCCGCCCUCAUGAACGAGAGUGGAAACGGAGCCUCGAUGUUGGCGCAAGUUUCAUGUCAACAAGCCGCCCCGCCCAGCUCUUCUACCGCGGCCCACAGCGCAGCAUCCCAGAACACUUCUGACCAUGCCAGCCUCCCAGGAAGCACCUGGAUGAAUUACCCCAACAGCAUCGUCAACCUGCUCCAGAACGAGGGCAUGAUUGACAUCGCGUGCAGCAACAGCAACCACCGACCCGCUAUGCUGGAUGAGUUUGACGAGUUGAUGUCCGCUGACGAGGACCGUCUCAUUUCCAUUUUUAACAAUGGAAGCCAAGCUGGGUUCGUUUCAGGACACCCGACUUAAAGUGUGUCCAAGGGAUUUUUUUUACGAACAUAUUUACAUAAACCACUCGUAUUGGCCCUUUUAACGUUCGGAACUUAAAGACCUUUUUGUUAGAAAAGACAAAAAAGGAAACAAGGUGGAUCUAAUAGAGCUGUAAGAGGCAGAAUGUAGCACUGUGGCCUAUAGAUACACCAGCAAAGACUCUUUAUGGUGUUCAAUUAGUGGGUUUUGCCCGGUCUUUAUAUACAGUUUCACUGAGGAAUGAUAAAAGACGGGACUGCCCAUAUUCAGAUUUCAUCGCUCUUGUUCAGCAUCAAUUUAUAAAGGAGCAGAUCUAUUGCUGAAGGCAUCUGCCAAAAUGUUUUCCUGUGGAACAUGUACUCCUCAUUUUAGCCGUUCUGGUAGCUCCCGUCAGUGUUACUGUGAUUAUCACUCUGAAAUGUGUACGUUUGGUCUGCCUUUUGAUUUCAAACAAAGCGGUAGGUAUUCUCAGCAGGUAAUUAGGUCUGAGGUCAGUCUAUGCAAAUAGUCCCGUUGUCCUUGUGAUUUAAUAUCCCCAUGUAUUCCUUUGGAAUGUUUUCUGAAGGUCGGCAGUAACUGACAACCUUCUCAUACAGGUGCCUUUGUUGACUCUCAACAAAAUGUAGUAAUGUGUUACGAACCAAAUUAAGGUCUACACAGAAGUUAACAAACAAGCCACAUUUAUAAGUACAUGCUUAUAGCAGAGAUGCUCGUAGAGCUGCAUCAGAUCUUGCUUUUGUGUCUGCAGAAUUUCCUCUGCUCUCUCAUCAGUUCUUCUACAGUUAUUUUGUGAAUAAUGGCUGCAGUUUAACUCCUAACUGUUUCAGACCUGUAGGUCAAUUUGCUUUACUCUGUAGUAAAAGAUGCUUCCAGAUGAAUUAAUGCUGUUUUGUACUGGUAUGAUGUAAGCUGAUUACACUAUAUGCCUUCUUGCUGUAAUUAAUUAUUCAUUCUGUCAAAAUUUCAAAACACUUUUCUUGGCAAUAAAAACCACAACAUAUUAAGAUGGUC